AGCAGGAGCAGGACAGCCGGACAGGAAGCCCAGACGGGGUUCGAGCACCUCAACUUCUCUGCCGGGGACACUGUUCAAACUCCGGGGGCCAUAGGCCAAGCUGAGCGAUGGGUGCUGAGGAGGAGGUGCUGGUCACACUAUCAGGGGGAGCCCCCUGGGGCUUCCGACUUCAUGGGGGGGCCGAGCAGAGGAAACCGUUACAGGUGUCUAAGAUUCGAAGACGGAGCCAGGCUGGCAGAGCAGGACUCCGAGAGAGGGACCAGCUCUUGGCAAUCAAUGGAGUCUCUUGCACCAACCUCUCCCAUGCCAGUGCCAUGAGCCUCAUCGAUGCCUCAGGAAGUCAGCUUGUCCUCACUGUGCAGCGGUUAGCAGACGAGGGUCCUGUGCAAUCUCCAUCUCCCCAUGAGCUUCAGGUGCUGUCACCCUUAUCUCCACUAAGUCCUGAGCCCCCUGGUGCUCCAGUUCCUCAGCCUCUUCAGCCUGGGAGCCUUCGUUCACCUCCUGAUAGUGAGGCUUACUACGGAGAGACUGACAGUGAUGCUGAUGGCCCUGCCACCCAGGAGAAGCCCCGUCGACCUCGCCGCCGAGGCCCCACAAGGCCCACCCCUCCGGGUGCCCCACCUGAUGAGGUCUACCUGUCUGACAGCCCUGCAGAGCCAGCACCUACUAUCCCUGGCCCUCCCAGCCAGGGUGACAGCCGUGUGAGCUCCCCGUCUUGGGAGGAUGGGGCAGCCCUUCAGCCACCCCCAGCUGAGGCUCUGCUGUUACCCCAUGGCCCCCUCCGACCUGGUCCUCAUCUCAUCCCUAUGGUGGGGCCUGUUCCCCACCCAGUGGCAGAAGAUCUUACUACCACCUACACCCAGAAGGCCAAGCAAGCCAAACUGCAACGUGCAGAGAGCCUCCAAGAGAAGAGCAUAAAAGAGGCCAAGACCAAAUGCAGGACAAUUGCAUCCCUGCUCACUGCAGCCCCCAACCCCCACUCCAAAGGGGUGCUUAUGUUUAAGAAACGGCGGCAGAGAGCCAAGAAGUACACCCUGGUGAGCUUCGGGGCUGCUGCUGGGACAGGCGCUGAGGAGGAGGACGGCGUUCCCCCCACGAGUGAGUCCGAGCUGGACGAAGAAGCCUUCUCUGACGCCCGCAGCCUCACCAAUCAAUCUGACUGGGACAGUCCCUAUCUGGACAUGGAGCUUGCCAGGGCGGGCUCAAGAGCAUCAGAGGGCCAGGGCUCUGGGCUGGGAGGGCAGCUGAGUGAGGUCUCUGGGCGAGGGGUGCAGCUCUUUGAACAGCAGCGCCAGCGCGCAGACUCCAGCACCCAGGAACUGGCACGGGUCGAACCAGCAGCCAUGCUCAACGGGGAAGGCCUGCAGUCACCACCUCGGGCCCAGAGUGCUCCCCCAGAGGCAGCUGUGCUCCCACCCAGCCCCUUGCCGGCCCCUGUAGCCAGCCCCAGACCCUUCCAACCAGGUGGUGGAGCCCCGACCCCAGCUCCAAGCAUCUUUAACCGGUCAGCCAGGCCCUUUACCCCGGGCCUACAAGGGCAGCGGCCAACUACCACCUCGGUUAUUUUCCGGCCUUUAGCCCCCAAAAGGGCGAACGACAGCCUGGGGGGCCUCAGCCCCGCCCCACCCCCCUUCUUGUCUUCGCAGGGGCCCACCCCUCUGCCCAGCUUCACUUCAGGGGUUCCCAGCCACGCGCCAGUCUCUGGUUCCCCCAGCACCCCACGCUCCUCGGGCCCUGUGACAGCCACCAGCUCCCUGUACAUCCCAGCCCCUAGUCGGCCUGUCACCCCAGGCGGAGCUCCAGAGCCCCCCGCUCCUCCUAGCGCAGCUGCCAUGACCUCCACCGCUUCUAUCUUCCUAUCUGCGCCUUUGCGACCCUCUGCGCGCCCAGAGGCGCCUGCCCCAGGUCCAGGGGCUCCUGAGCCCCCCAGCGCUCGCGAGCAGCGCAUCUCUGUGCCAGCUGCCCGCACGGGUAUCCUGCAGGAGGCCCGGCGCCGGGGGACCCGGAAGCAGAUGUUCCGGCCGGGAAAGGAGGAGACGAAGAACUCGCCCAACCCCGAGCUGCUAUCGCUGGUACAGAACCUUGAUGAAAAGCCCCGGGCCGGGGGUGCAGAAUCUGGUCCUGAAGAAGAUGCUCUGAGCCUCGGGGCUGAAGCCUGCAACUUCAUGCAGCCAGUAGGGGCCAGGAGUUACAAGACCCUGCCUCACGUGACACCUAAGACCCCCCCUCCAAUGGCUCCCAAGACCCCGCCCCCUAUGACUCCUAAGACUCCACCCCCAGUGGCUCCUAAGCCCCCAUCUCGAGGGCUCCUUGAUGGGCUCGUGAAUGGGGCAGCCUCUUCUUCGGCUGGAAUCCCUGAGCCACCAAGGCUGCAGGGCAGGGGUGGGGAGCUGUUUGCUAAGCGGCAGAGCCGUGCGGACAGGUAUGUGGUGGAAGGUACACCUGGUCCUGGUCUUGGCCCUCGGCCUAGAAGUCCUUCUCCUACCCCGUCUCUGCCCCCUUCCUGGAAAUAUUCACCCAACAUCCGUGCCCCGCCUCCUAUUGCUUACAACCCACUGCUCUCUCCCUUUUUCCCCCAGGCGGCCCGAACUCUCCCUAAGGCCCAAUCCCAGGGGCCUCGGGCAACACCCAAGCAGGGCAUCAAGGCUCUAGAUUUUAUGCGGCAUCAGCCCUAUCAACUUAAAACUGCCAUGUUCUGUUUUGAUGAGGUUCCCCCGACUCCUGGCCCUAUCGCCUCAGGGUCCCCCAAAACUGCCCGAGUCCAGGAGAUUCGCCGGUUUUCCACUCCGGCACCCCAGCCCACUGCAGAACCCCUGGCUCCCACUGUGCUUGCCCCCCGAGCAGCCACUACACUGGAUGAGCCCAUCUGGAGAACAGAACUGGCCUCAGCCCCUGUUCCUAGCCCAGCCCCUCUUCCAGAGGCUCCCAGGGGCCUUGGGGCUUCUCCCAGCUCCUGCGGUUUCCAGGUAGCCAGGCCCCGAUUUUCAGCCACCAGAACAGGAUUGCAAGCUCAUGUGUGGAGGCCUGGGGCAGGGCACCAGUGAACAGGCACAGGUCCCAGGACCAAGGAGAGGUGGAACAUCCAGUUCCUAAAGUUGCUUCUCCUACCCUAUCCCAUCCCCUGUCACGCAUCUGGAAGCUAAAUUGCCUCCUGCCAGAGAUGGUUUCCAAGUUGAUGUCCCCUUCCCCCACCUUCCUCCUCACUCUCUACCUCCCUGCCGCUUUCCAACCAACUAUGUCUGCUUUGGUAUCUUUGCCUCUCUUUGUCUCUGCAUUUCCUUUCCUGGAUCUCUGUCUUUAUUUCCAGGCUUCUCCACCCAUAUUCCUCCACAGAUCUCUCUUCCUUGACAUUUGUGCUUUUCUCCCUGGGCCUCAUUUUAAUGUUCAGUGAGAAGUAAACAGAGCAGAAGUGACCACUGGGACCCCAGGCAAGAAGCUCACCACCAGGCACACAGCAAAGGGACUGAACUGACCCCUGUUUGCACUAAGCCACCCCCACCCCCCACUCUGCUUUCCCAAGCUUGGCUGGCAUAUACCUAGGCCUGUGUGUGUGUGUGUGUGUAUGUGUGUGUGUGUGUGUGCUCUUCCGUCUAAGGCAUGAAUAAGAGGGGAGGUCAAAAUAAAGACCCAAUCUGAGGCCGGGCACGGUGGCUCACGCCGGUAAUCCCAGCACUUUGGGAGGCCGAGGCGGGCGGAUCACGAGGUCAGGAGAUCGAGACCAUCCUGGCUAACACGGUGAAACCCCGUUUCCACUAAAAAUACAAAAAAUUAGCUGGGCGUGGUGGCGAGCGCCUGUAGUCCCAGCUACUCGGGAGGCUGAGGCAGGAGAAUGGCAUGAACCUGGAAGGCGGAGCUUGCAGUGAGCUGAGAUUGCGCCACUGCACUCCAGCCUGGGCGACAGAGCGAGACUCUGUCUCAAAACAAACAAACAAACAAAAGACCCAAUCUGAGUCUUAUCGUUGUACUGAUAGAAGGGUCAGAUAUCCCCACAUGGAGUUGAGUGGGAGAAAGAGAUUCACUAGAGAAUAACUCCUUAGAGACCAAUGUCUGUAGCAGGUGUACAGCAUCUUGUGAAAGUUAUGGAGCAUGAAAAGACUGAAGGGCCAGGACAGUUUGCAUGGGCUGAGUUAUACCAGCUAGACCAGGAAUAGAACAAAGAAUUCUAUACCUCAGGAUUUCAAAAAGUUAGCAACUUGAGAGGCCAGUGCUGAGCAACCCAGUACCCAGGAAAUGAAAAAAAGAAAGAAAAUUCCCUCCGAGAAUAAACAGAUCAUUGGCUUCAUUGCCUCAUGAGCUUGAGAGAAAGGAGAAGAGAGCCAGAGUGUGGCAAGUGAGGCCAAAACCAGAAGCAUGGCAGAAAUGAGUGUAAGUGAUUGAGCCACAGACAGAAGUGUGGCGAGGGACAAUGCCAUAUUGGGAGAAGGUAAAGUUGAGUAACAAGAAACCAACCAUGUGUGAGAGGGGGAUUGGAAAAAAAUUUGAGGGAGAAGAAUGUUAGAAUGGAAGGGAAUGAUGGUGGAAGGGAGGUGUGAGGGUGUGUGCUGAGUGUUGAAAGAACGGUUGGUGUCUGUGUGAUUUUCCUUGAGUCUGUUCUUCAGUGUGUCUUCUGCAGCUUGCCAUGACUGCCUGGGAAAGAGUAGGGAAAUACCCAGAGCCAAAACCUCUUUUCAGUCCCACCCCAUCCCUCAAAACCCCAGCUAUUGCUUCUUUUCAGCUUCAGGUCCUGAUCUCCAAUCUUAGUAUGGACUCCCUUCUCACCAAGACCACCACCAGCUACGUUUGCUGUGUAAUCUGGAAAGUGAUAAUUUCCUUUGCUUGUUGGAUGUGAGUCACAAUACUUUGGUUUGUGCACAAGAAUAAAUUUAUGCCCCAUACCUUC